UUUCAGUGAACAGCUGAUUGGUAUAAAUUUUGCUAUAAACGUUUAUUGCAAUUUUUGUUGAUUUUUCUUAUUAAGACAAUUCAGUGAACUAAAACAACAAUAUAGCGGCACUUUCCUUUUUACUGCGCGCAGACGUCCGUGUAAGAGAUUUUGGGUCAAAUGAUAAUAAUGCAAAAUGAGUGAGAGUACAGAAGGAAUACCUGAAAAAACAUCCAGUGAGAAUGCCGAAUUGAUCGAAGCAGCAGAAAAUAGUACCUCCACAACAGCUGCGACACCAACGUCAACUUUACCACAUGAAAAAGCAGUUUCAACUACCUCAAGCGAACAAAAUGAAGAAUCUUCCACAACGGCAGAGCAAGAACCAAACACUUCCGAGAUUAUAAAUCUAGAGAAAUCCGAGAGCGAAAAUGUAGUCGAUCCCACAGGUCCUUCAGAAGUUGAUGAAAUCCAACUAAAGGAGAGCGCAGUUGAGAGUGCAAAAGUUAGCAGUGAAAAGAGCGAAGAAGAAACAGGGGCUGAUAAAGAUGAAAAAGAAUCCAAUAACACCCACGCAAGUCCAAAAUCAACAGAAGCAGCUACAAAGGCCCAAUCAUCAACUGCAACACCGUCGACAGAAGCGCAGUUGGACGAUAAUUACGCGCAACAUGUGACGUAUGAAGCCGAUGGCAGCGCCAUCUACACAGAUCCCAAUACGAAUUCUCGCUACAAAUGGUGUACAACGGAAAAUAAUUGGUUGCCUUGUGACGCUGAGCAUACUGACAGUGCAACCACAACGACGAGCACUGAAAACCCCUAUGAGAAUGAGCACUACAAAUGGUGCAGUCAAAGCCAAAAGUGGAUACCGAAAGUGCAGCAACAAACCACUGAAACUGAGCAUUACAAAUGGGAUGCGGUGAAAAAGGAAUGGAUACCAAAAGUGAGUGCUAGCAGCAGUGAUCCAGUGAAUGUGACCUAUGACAUUGACGCGGAGGGCCAACGCAUUUACACCGAUAAAGAUGGUACGGUGUUUUUUUGGGACGAGAGCAAAAACGCGUGGUUUCCGAAGAUCGAUGAUGACUUUAUGGCGCACUAUCAGAUGAAUUACGGUUUCAUAGAUAAUACUAGUGCCUCGGAGGAGGAGGCCAGACUUAAAGCGGAGGAAGAGAAAAAACAGAAAGAAUUGGAAUUGCAACGCAUGACCGAGGAGGCAAAGGCUGCCGCAGCUGCGACGGCGAAUGCAAAUGGCGAUGGUGCACCAGCUAUUAAGCGUAAGGCGCAGGAGCCGCCAAAAUGGUUUGAUUUGGAUCCCGAGCAGAACACGAAAGUUUACGUUUCCAAUUUACCCUUAGACAUUACCAUGGAUGAAUUCGCCGAGUUGAUGGGCAAAUGCGGCAUGAUCAUGCGCGAUCCACAAACGCAAAAGUAUAAAUUGAAAUUAUAUGCGGAGGCUGAUGGUCAACUGAAGGGCGAUGGCUUGUGUGAUUAUAUUAAGGUGGAGUCUGUGGGUUUGGCGCUGAAUAUUUUGGAUGAGUACAAUCUGCGUGGCCAGAAAAUACGCGUGCAACGUGCCAAAUUUCAGAUGCGUGGCGAAUAUAAUCCCGCAUUGAAACCGAAACGCAAAAAGAAGGACAAGGAGAAAUUGCAGAAAAUGAAAGAGAAACUUUUCGAUUGGCGUCCGGAAAAAAUGCGUGGUGAGCGCUCGAAAAAUGAAAAGGUAGUCAUCAUCAAGAAUCUUUUCGAUCCAGUUAUUUUCGAAAAGGAGGUGCAACUAAUAUUGGACUAUCAGAAUGAGUUGCGUGAGGAAUGCAGCAAAUGCGGCACAGUACGCAAAGUGGUCAUUUAUGAUCGUCACCCUGAAGGCGUUGCACAAGUGAAUAUGGCCGACCCGGAAGAAGCUGAUGUGGUAAUACAAAUGAUGCACGGACGUUUCUUUGGACAGCGUAAGCUGAGCGCGGAGCAUUGGGAUGGCAAAACCAAAUACAAAAUCGUUGAAACCGAGGCGGAGGUGCAGAAACGGCUAAGCCAUUGGGAUCAGUAUCUAACGCGUGAGGAAAACGAAGAAAAGGACGCGCUGCACAAGUCACUCACUGAGGCAACAACAGUGGCUGAUGCAGCGCCUGCGAUUGCAGUGGAGGAAGAGGAGAAGCAGGAGUUGGAAAGUAGCGCUACAGACACACCAAAAGUGUGUUAAGAUGUCUAAUAUUGCAGGCAUCAAGACAAGUGCUUAAAAGUGUGGGCAAUUGCAACUGUUAAAAUUUCAAAUUUUUGGCUUUGCAGUAUUUGAAAUAAAACAACUGUGUAUUUAACGCUGUAAA